AGAUCGUCUUAAGUAAUGUCUUAAGAUGCGAAUACGGCUCUGUGAUUGGUUCAUGACAUCUUAAGAUAGUACUUAAGUUGAUCUUAAAUAUAAGAUCUGACUAUGAAUAUCGGCCUAUGAGUUCAUUUUUAUGAGUUCUAUUCUAUGAGUUACAUCAACUAUAGAUUUUCAGUAUUGGCAGUGAAUUUCGGAAUAGAGCCAGUCGUUGGAUACAAUAUGGAUUUUACAUAAGCUUUUAACGCGCGAAACGUACCCGAUGACAUUCGAAUUGGUAAUCGAGAAAGAGGAAAGACAAGAACGUGAAAAUGAACGAAAACCUACUGCGGCGGAUAAAAAACAGAUUGAAUGCAAAGUUUUACGUGAUGAAUGACUCAUGGCUAAGAGAAUGUCUCGAAUUCUUUAUUGAAGACAAAGCCCCUCAUGAAGUAACCGAUAAACACAUUUUGGAAUUUGUGGAGAGCCAGUGGCAAUUGAGUGACCUACGUGAAAUAAGCAAUGAAAACGGAUGUCUCCCAAGGAAUCUGGUACAGCAGGUGUGCACUGUGUUAACUGGUACUUAUAUUCUCCAGGUUGACAAGAUGUAUGACAUAGCAAGUUCCAAGUACAAGCAGCUAUGUCAUAUUCGGAAAGUCAAUAGUGAUAAUUUAGAAAUAACAGAGAAUGAGAAACUAAAUGAAUGGGAACCAAAAGGCAGAAGAAUGAUGCAGUUAUGCCUCACAGAUGGAGUGCAGGAUAUUACAGCAAUAGAAUAUACUCCACUUAAACAAGUAAUGGGUACAUUACUUCCUGGCUACAAGGUGAUGAUAAUUGGUCCAGUUAAUUGUAGACGUGGUAUUAUAUUGCUGGAAGAAAACAAAUACAGAGAAAUUGGUGGAGAAGUUGAAUCUAUGUUGAAACCCAAUGCACUAGAGAAUGUCUUAUCUAGAGCUCUAGAUGAGCCAGAGAAUCCUGACCCAUAUCAUGACAAUGGACUAAUCAAGAAUCAAAAUAAUCAGGACCUGUCGUCAAAUCCUACCAAUGAAGACAAUUUCUUCGACGACGAUUUUGAGGAAGCUGUUGAUUUGGAAGCAGUAACUGAGAUUGAACGGCAAAGCAGUCAAGAAGCAGUUAGAACUGUUCAAAAUUGCCCUACAAACACUAGGGAGCAAAGACAGAACACUCAAACAGUCGGGAACGAUACCGCGGAAGAAUUUUUGGAGGAUAUCGAUUUUGAACCUUUAGAGGAUUGGUCCAGUGAAGAUGCUCGUAUAAGACCCUUGCGAGUAUUGCCAUCGUCGCGAGUAAAAACUGGAGGUUUUGAAGAGGAGGACGACUUAAUGAUAAUUGAGGAAACAUCAAUUUCUGCACAAAAUUCUCGAAACGAGCCGUCAUUUCCCGCGAAGUCUUGUAAGAAUGAGGAUAUCACGGAUUUUCCUGAUGAUGAUUUCGAUUUCAAUGACUGCGAGAUAAUAGUUAACACAGAAUCGAAAGCUAUUUGUCAAGAACAAAGUGGAAAUUCUUUCAAUAUUAAGAGUAAAACUGGAGUAUGUUCUUCGCUAGGAAUAUCUAGGCCGAGAUUGAUGAAUGAUGUCACAAUGGAAGUUGAGAAAUGUACUUCCGUGGAAGUUUUGACUACGCGAAACGAGAAAUCUAUGGCGAGUACUUCGACAUUCGUUCAGAAAAUACCAAAAACGAAAACGAUUACAGACUUUUUCGUUCCUCCGUCUCCUCCAAAAAUUUAUGUUCUGAGCGAUGUACUCCGCGAAAAUGUCACGGGAACAAUAUACAGGACCGUAAGGGCCCAUGUGACGAAUCAUUCGACGUUAACUAAGCAAGGUAAAUGCUGGGCGGUGACGGCACAGAUCACGGAUAAUACUUCCAGCGUAGAAGUCUGUUUCGAUUCCGAGAUUUUAGAGAAAUUUCUCGGAUUUACCGUGCAAGAAUUUUCACAUAAAAAGAAGCUCGCAAAAUCGGACCAGCAAGUGAACAACGAGCUACGACUUAGCUUACGCAAGGCGCAACAUCAAAUUGCGAGUCUGGACGCAUUGUUGAAGCUGGAAUUAACUCAGGAUCAAAUACCGAAAGUUGUUGAGAUCACACAGCAAAAGAAAGAGCUUACGAAGAGGUCUGCAUAAAACUAGGAGAUUAUGAAGGAAGGAAGGAAGGAUAGGAGGAAAGGAUAAAAUUACUUAUUGUUUUAAAAUCUAUAAUAAACACUAUUCCGUUUCCUAUAUAUGGACGAUUGUAAUCGAUACGUGCUCAUACAGGAUGUCCUAGGAUCGUCGAAAAAUGGACAUAUAAUGUUAUUCUUUUGCUUAAAUGUUUUUCUUAUUUUAGAAUCGAACUAAAGAUACUAAUGACGUUAGUCUCUUUAGUUUUACAUCUAUUGUCUAAAAAGAACAAAUUUCGAUUAACGAAUUGCAUGACCAUAGCAUUUAUUAACUGGUACACUUGAUCAUCGCAGUGGUACAUUUUCGUUUCGAUUCAUUGUUCUAUCUCGCUCAUUCUCUCUCUUUCUCUCACUCUUUCUCGCACACAUUUAUUCAUACAUACAUACUCUCCUUUCUCUCUCUCUAUCUCUCACGCUCCUUCACUCACACACAUUCAAUGUAAUAACAAGUUCACAUUUUCAGUUAAUAUCGGUUCUUUAUUGUUACAAUAAAUUUAUGCUUAUUGCACACUUUUCCAUGAUAUAAAACUCAUUCCACUA